AUGCUCCUCCGGUUUCCUCCGCGACUAAGCCAAGCCCCGGUCCAGGUCCAAUGUCUUCGUCUUCGUCUUCCCCCCACCAAACCUCUGGCUCACUCCCCCCACCCAUGCCGGACGCCCUCCGCUGACCGGCUGGACUGGAUGGUGCCCCCGAGAUUCAGAUGCGGAGCCGGCACGCGCCGGCGGCUGGCCCCGCUGCUGCUGCUGCUGCUGGCCCUCUCGCCGGCCGCCGUGGCGGCGGUGGGCGGGGACGUGGAGUACCCGCAUUGCAGCUGCGACGGCGGGGGCGGCGGCGGGUUCUGGAGCAUGGACAACAUCUUCCGGUGGCAGAAGGUGAGCGACCUGCUGAUCGCGGCGGCCUACUUCAGCAUCCCGCUCGAGAUCCUCUACUUCGUGGCGGGGCUCCGCCACCUGCUCCCGUUCCGGUGGGUGCUGGUGCAGUUCGGCGCCUUCAUCGUGCUCUGCGGCCUCACCCACCUGCUCGCCGCCUUCACCUACGAGCCGCACCCGUUCGUGCUCGUCCUGCUGCUCACCGUCGCCAAGUUCCUCACCGCGCUCGUCUCCUUCCUCACCGCCAUCACGCUGCUCACGCUCAUCCCGCAGCUGCUCCGCGUCAAGGUCCGCGAGAGCCUGCUCUGGAUCAAGGCCCGCGAGCUCGACCGCGAGGUCGACCUCAUGAAGCAGCAGGAGGAGGCGAGCUGGCAUGUCCGGAUGCUCACCCAGGAGAUCCGCAAGUCGCUCGACCGCCACACCGUGCUCUACACCACGCUCAUCGAGCUCUCCCGCGUGCUCGGCCUCACCAACUGCGCUGUCUGGAUGCCCUCCGCGGCUGCCAGCGACGGCAAGGUUACGAUGCACCUCACCCACGAGCUCCGGCGCGGGGGCAGCGAUGAGGGGCUCGUCGUUAUUGGGGUGGACGACGUGGAUGUUGUCGAGGUCCGGAGGAGCGACGGCGUGAAGCUGCUUGGCCCGGGCUCGGCGCUCGCGGCGGCCAGCGGCGGGGGCAAGGAGGACACGGGUACCGUGGCGGCCAUACGGAUGCCGAUGCUCAAGGUGUCGGACUUCAAGGGCGGCACGCCGGAGGUGAUCCAGACGAGCUACGCCGUGCUGGUGCUGGUGCCUCCCGCGGACAAGACCUGGGGCGCCCACGAGACGGAGAUCGUCGAGGUAGUCGCCGACCAGGUGGCCGUGGCGCUCUCGCACGCGUCGCUGCUCGAGGAGUCGCAGGCCAUGCGCGACCGGCUCGCUGAGCAGAACCGCGAGCUGCUGCAGGCGCGUCGGGACACGCUCAUGGCGAAUGAGGCCCGGGACGCGUUCCAGCGUGUCAUGAGCCAGGGGAUGCGCCGGCCGAUCCACUCCAUCCUCGGCCUCGUGUCCGUGGUGCAGGAGGAUGACUUGACGCCCGAGCAGAAGCUCGUUGUCGACACCAUGGGCCGGACGGCCACCGUCGUCUCCACGCUCAUCAAUGACGUCAUGGAGAUGUCGGCCACCAACCGGGAGCGGUUCCCGCUGGAGACGCGGCCGUUCCAGCUGCACUCCAUGAUCAGGGACGCCGCCUGCGUCUCACGGUGCCUCUGCGACUUCAGGGGGUUCGGCUUCGCCGUGCACGUCGAGAACACGCUGCCGAACCUUGUCAUCGGCGACGAGAGGAGGAUCUUCCAUGUCAUCCUGCACAUGGUUGGCAACCUCAUCAGCCGGAUUGACUCAGGGCACGUCACGUUCCGGGUGCGUGCCGACGACGAGGUGGCGGAGGACACGCUUGGACAGAGGUGGGAUCCAUGGAGGCCAAGCUACUCCAGUGGGUACUCGUCGGUGAAGUUUGUCAUCGGGGUGAAGAGCCAGCAGAGCUCCGGCUCGAUGAUCCCGCCCCCGGGGCAGUUCAAACGAAAGCCGAGCGGCGAGGGCUUCGAUCUCAGGCUGAGUUUCAGCAUGUGCAGGAAGCUUGUGCAGAUGAUGAGAGGCAACAUAUGGGCGGUGCUCGACGGGCAAGGGCUACCAGAGAGCAUGACCCUGGUGCUGAGGUUCCAGCUGCAGCCACCGGUGCCACUCAUGUCGUCCAGCACCAGCGGAGGAUCGUUCGAGCGGCAAUACGCGUCGCCGUCGUGCCAGCUGACCGGACUGAAGAUCCUGCUCAUCGACGACGAUGACAUCAACAUGGUGGUCGCUCGGAAGCUCCUGGAGAAGCUGGGGUGCGUGGUCUCCUCCCUACCCUCAGGGUCGGGGUUCCUGAACUCCGUCGGCCCCUCGUCGGGCGCGUACCAGGUGGUGUUGGUGAACCUCGAGAUGACGCGGGUGAACGCGCUGGACGUCGCGGUGAGGGUCCAGCAGUACCGGAGCGGCCGCUGGCCGUUCAUGAUGGCCAUGACGUCGGAGCAGAACGCGUGGGAGAAGUGCGCGCAGUCGGGGAUCAACGGCAUCCUCAGGAAGCCGGUGGUCAUGCUCGAGGCCAAGGAGGAGCUCACCCGGAUUCUUCAGAGCGCAUGA